GCUGCUAUUCCAGGCAGUAAGUGUUCUGGGGGAGGAGGAGGGUUUCUAUCGAAGAAGGAAAAAAGUUGUGAAAAUCGAAAGUUUUGGACUGAAACUGUGAAACUGUGGCGCCGAACACGUUUCGUCGAUCAACCAAUCGCACGUCUGCUCGGUGACGUCACCGCUUUGGUAUUGAUCCGAUCUUUGGACGCUGAUGGUGGAUUAUUGAUCGCAGGCAGAAGCAGUCGACGCCUGACGUCGAUGGCGGCGUCAGAACUGAUCCAGGACAGCGACGACGUCCGUCCUCACGUGGAGGUCGACGUGACCGCAGAGAACCCUCCCUCGCCUCCUUGUCCUCCACGGCUUGCCAACGGGAACCCGAUCCAGCUCGCCUCCCCCACGUCGGCGCCCGCCCACGACGCCCACGACAGCAAGAACAAACGCGUGCGCGGCAGACUGAGCCGCCUGCAGGAGAGCCAGCUGAUCCACUCGCUGAGCAGCAGGCUGCGGCGACGCUGCGACUAUGUUAAGAUCAGCGUGCCCGAGGAACCGGCCGACCGCCUCCCGAAGGAGUGGUGGAAGACGGGCGUGGCCUUCCUCUACGCCCUCUUCAACCUCUUCUUCACCACCGUCGUCAUCACCAUCGUCCACGAGAGGGUGCCGGACAAGUCGGUCAACCCGCCGCUGCCCGACAAGUUCUUCGACUACGUGGACCGGGUUCCCUGGGCGUUCACCGUCGCCGAGGUCAACGGGCUGAUCCUGGUCGGACUCUGGCUCGUCCAGUGGCUCCUCCUCAAACACAAAGCGAUCAUCGGUCGUCGUUGCUUCUUCCUCAUCGGGACUCUGUACAUGUAUCGCUGUGUCACCAUGUACAUCACCACACUGCCUGUACCUGGGAAACACAUGGUGUGUGCUCCAAAGCUGUACAACGACUCAACGGGGAAAAUCUGGAGGAUUCUGAGGCUGAUCUCAGGAGGAGGUUUGUCGAUGACGGGAUCUCACCUGAUGUGUGGGGACUUCAUGUACAGCGGCCACACUGUCAUGUUGACGCUGUCCUACCUCUUCAUCAAAGAGUACUCUCACCGCUGGAUGUGGUGGUAUCACGCCCUCUGCUGGUUGCUCAGCGCCUCUGGAGUCAUCUGCAUCCUGGUCGGUCACGAGCACUACAGCAUCGACGUGGUCAUCGCGUACUUUGCUACCACGCGGACGUUCUGGUGGUACCACACCAUGGCCAACUCGCAUUCGCUUCGUCAGGCUCCAAACAGCUGCCUGUCCAGAACGUGGUGGAACCCCAUCUUCAACUUCCUGGAGAGGAACGUCCAGGCCACGGUUCCUCUGGAGUUCUCGUGGCCGGUGUCGUUGCCGUCGUCCUGCCGGCAGAGAUACAGGAUCGUGGAGGGAACGAGGGACGAAUGAGGACGGAGGACGCGCAGAGAGCGACCCGCACCGGUGGGAGCGGAAGAGGAAGAGGAGGAGCCACAGAGGAGGUGCCGUCACGUUCACACAAACACCUUCACCUCUCAAACCUCCUUUGAGCCAUUGACUGAGUAAAUAAGUGAAGAUCAGGUUCAGGUUUUCUCAGGUUUGUAAAAAAGACUGUUGCCUGUGAGUUCCUGAACGGUGGAGGACCAAAAAACAACCUUCUGUUCCUUUAUAAAGGAAGUUUACAAUUUAAAUUAUAAGUCUUAACGUAAUGAAAACACAUUUUGUUUUUCUGAGCAUUAAACUGAAAUGUGCUCA